AUGCCUGGUCAGUACAGCCAAUUCAUCCCAGGCUUCGAGCUUCGCUCCGCUAACGACCAUAGUAGAGUUUACCACUUUCAUAACCUACUCGGUGAGGGAGCCUUCGGCCAGGUGUGGAAAUGUACUGAUCUUUCCUCCGAGACGGAGGUGGCUUUGAAAGUAGUAGACUGCAAUGCUGUUGGUAAGGAGUCACUGAAGGGCAUUGAAAAGGAAAUUGAACUCACCGGUGAGAGCGGCUGUCGUGGUGGUCGCCAUGCGAUGGGUUUGCGUUCAGCACGGGCCCGUAGUGCUAUGGGCAAGCUGUGCCCGAAGUUCUACGAGGCCUUUCGAGUGGAUCUCCCGGACCCAUUGGUCCCUAGUGGGAAGGCCCUUGUGAAGUGA